GUACGUGUUGCCAACUGUGAAAUUAAAGAAGAAAAAGUCGGAACUUUUGCUUACGUGGCAUUCGCAAUUUAUGUUUUUCCUUUCAUUUUGCCUUCUCUGAGAAUAAGCCAACAGAAUCGCUAGUCUUUCUGUAGAACAAGAUAUGGAAAUCUGUCACGCUUAUGAUCCGAUAUUUCUCCACAGACCUCAACUGUGUCUACACAAUCAUCUGCCAGCAAACCCACUAACUCUGCAUGGAAGACACCUGUCUCCUUUCUUUCUCUCCCCUCACCUCUUCAUAAACUGCUCCUCUCAACUCUCUUAACCCACUCGGAACAAAUAUCAAACACCUAACAGGCACUAGGAGAGUGAAGAGAGGAAACAAUUAUGGGAUACAAAGCGACUCUUUUGCUUUUACUACUUGUGGUGGGUUAUGGAGUGAGUGUUUCUAUGGGGUAUAGAGAAGAGGGUGAGGAGGAGUGGGGCUCAGGAGAGAGGGAAGGGAGAGGAAGAGAAAAGCACCCAGAAGAGGAAGAACCGUCGUUCUUGUUGCAGGACUCAAAGAAAGUGUUUAGAACUGAUGCAGGAGAGAUGAGGGUGGUGAGGAGCUUUGGAGGGAGAAUUGUGGACAGACCUAUGCACAUUGGGUUCAUUACUAUGGAGCCUCAGAGCCUCUUCAUUCCUCAGUAUCUUGACUCAAGUUUGAUCAUCUUCAUUCGUCUCGGAGAGGCAAAGAUUGGACAUAUCUACAAAGAUGAACUGUCGGAGAGGCGAAUGAAGCCUGGUGAUAUAUAUCGGAUUCCUGCUGGUUCUGCAUUCUAUAUAGUGAACACAGCGGAGGGUCAAAGGCUUCAGAUCAUAUGCAGUAUUGAUCCAUCUGAAAGCUUGGGCUUGGGUCUCUUCCAGUCUUUCUACAUCGGUGGAGGGUCAUAUCCUCCAUCUAUUCUUGCUGGUUUCGAUCCUGAAACACUCACAAAUGCGUUUAAUGUCACAAGAAAGGAAUUGGGAGAUAUCUUUACCAGGCAACAAGGAGGUCCAGUUGUAUUCAUUGGCGAUUCUCGUGCACCAAGGGUAUGGUCAAAAUUCCUUCAACUGAAAGAGAAAGAUAGGCUCCAACCCCUGAAGAGAAUGGUGGGUUCUCACCAAGAAUCCAUAGAACAAGAAGACCAAACAAAAUGGUCUUGGAGAAAACUCUUGAUCUCUAUAUUCGGAGAGGAAAACAGGAAAAAGGGUGACAGGACUGGUAAAGCCCCCGACUCCUACAACAUCUAUCAUAGAAGUCCUGACUUCAGAAACAGAUAUGGUUCCAGCAUGGCCCUUGACGCAUCCGAUUACAGCCCCCUCAAACAUUCUGGCAUUGGCAUCUUUUAUGUCAAUCUGACUGCGGGAUCAAUGUUGGCUCCCCAUGUGAACCCAACUGCAACAGAGUAUGGAAUUGUUUUGAGAGGAAGCGGUAGAAUCCUGCUUGUGUUCCCCAACGGUUCGUCAGCCAUGGAUGCUAAAGUAAGCGAAGGCGACGUAUUCUGGGUGCCAAGAUACUUCGCUUUUUGUCAAAUUGCAUCCCGGACAGGCCCGUUCGAGUUUUUUGGAUUCACAACCUCGGCACGCAAGAACAAGCCUCAGUUCUUGGCUGGUUCAAACUCACUUCUACAUGCUCUCCAAGGCCCCGAGCUUGCAGCUUCACUGGGCAUCAGCGAGGACAGGAUUAAGCGCUUCCUUGAAUCGCAACGUGAGGCCGUUAUAUUGCCUUCAGCAUCAGCAGCACCUCCAGAGAUGAAGUACCACAAGGAGGAGACGGUGAUGCCAAAGAUCAUCAAAAGCUUUGAGAAUGAUAUGAUUAUGGGGUUUGAUUAGAGAGGAGUAGGGUAGUGAAUAAAAUGGGGUAUAGAUGAGUUGCAAUUUGUUCAGUUUCCACUUGUGUUUUCGUUUAGUGUUUGUUCAUGAGUUGUUUU